GCCUACUCCCAACCCAAUUGCAGACUAUCUCCUUAUUGAUCACCUCGAAGAGCCUGGCCUUUCUCAACAAGCAGACCACCCAAACAAUCCCCUUCCCCCUAAAACCAAUCACACCAACAAUGCCACCCACAACCACCACAACCACCGCAACCAAAAAGCGCCGCACGCGCAGCGACUACCUCUUCCACCAAGCCCACCAAACAAGAUGGCACGACAACGACAUGUACGCCCACCUCAACAACACCGUCUACACCAAGCUCUUCGACUCCAUCAUCAACACCUACCUAAUCACGCACUGCGGCAUGAACCCCUUCAGCGCCAACAACCCUGUGGAAAACGACCGCACCCUCAGCCUCCAGCCCGGGUCCCAAACCACCCCCCAAACCACCACCCCAAGCCCAACGGCAACCCCCCAAAUCGGCCUCAUCAUCUCCUCCCACUGCGACUACUUCGCCAGCGUCAGCUUCCCGGACACGCUCGAGCUGGGCCUGCGCGUCAACAAGCUCGGGCGCUCGAGCGUGACCUACGAGGUCGGGGUGUUCCGGCGCGGCGAGGACGCCGUGAAGGUGGUGGGCGGGUAUACGCAUGUCUUCGUGGCGCGGGAAACGAUGCGGCCGACGGCCGGCGGGAUGGAUCCGACGGUGCGGCGCGGGUUGGAGCGGUUGCUUGUCGCAGACAAUGUAGGUAGUCAUGAAGAUGGCGGUCAGGGGCCGCAGCGGGCGGCUGAGAAGGCGCGGUUGUAGGUUUACUCCGUACUGGAGUCAGAGAUAACCGAUCGAUGUGCUUAAAUAUCUACCUUCGGAUUUAGCAGUGUAUGAUCAUUGGAGAUGGGAUAGAGCGGGGGGGUUUCGCGGAUUGCAUGUGUUUUAGAGCUCUUGGGCCAUUUCGUAAGGCGACACUUCAGCCAUGGAUAGCACAGAUGGAACAGCACAUGGGUUGAGGUGGGAACUCAAUUGGACACGGAGAUGUACUGCAGCAUGGAAUUCACC